CCCUCUGUCGAUUUGCCCAAUCAAUAAAUUUUCCCAUCCUUCUUGGCCGAUUCCUAAGUCUAUUGCCUGCCUAUGAGCCUUUUCCUCCUCUUCACCUCCAAUCACUUUGUUGUUGUUGUCGUCGUCGUCGUUGUCGACGCCUAGCAACACUUCCGUUCGCCCUGCGCGAGGCGCGUGCUAACCACAAUGGCUUCCACUCACACCACCUAUGACUGGAUCACCGAGAGGAUUAGCAUGUCGCUGGAGAGUGGCAUUGGCAGGCAUCUGUGGGAGGGUGGACGAAGAUAUCAUGUGUACCGUGAGGGUCGAUAUAGUCUACCCAACGAUGAGCUUGAGCAGCAGCGUGAGGAACUCAUGCAUAUCCUGGUAAUGGACAUUUUAGACCAGCGGUUGUUUCUGGCACCCAUGGCCGAGCCACCUAAAAAGGUCAUGGAUCUUGCUACCGGUAUAGGAUUAUGGGCCAUUGAAAUGGGAGAUCGAUAUCCAGAUACCAACAUUCUAGGCCUCGAUCUCAGUCCCAUACAGCCCACCUCAGUUCCGCCGAACGUAACAUUCCAAGUAGACGACGUGGAAGACACAUGGGUCCACGACGACGACUAUGACUUUAUCCACAUACGUGAGGCUUGCGGAUAUAUGAAGUCGACUCCAACCGUCAUUGAAAGUGCCAUAGCUCAUUUGAAGCCCGGUGGUUGGCUUGAACUGCAAGAGUUCCACUGGGUAGCCGAGAAGGAGGACGGCACAAUCGACCCCAAUAUCCCGGUCAACCGGUACAUGGACCACAUGAUGUCAGCAGCUGCAUCCACUGAGGGCCGGAAGAUCCCCAUCGUUCCAGAGAUAGGAGACAUCAUGAAGCAGGCCGGGUUCGUGGACAUCGAAAAGAAGACCUAUCGCGUACCUUACGGCCCAUGGCCCAAGGAUUCGGUAUCGCGACGGCGCGGUACCGUCUUCAGCGUCAACGCCGAGCUCCUGCUCCCUACGAGCGACAAGAUGCUCGGGCACAUCGGUUUGACACCCGAACAGGCGGAGUCGCUUUACUCAGACUGCGUCAAGAUGUUCCACGACAGCUCGAUACAUUGUUACGCCACGUACUAUGUGUGGUAUGGACGGAAACCCGAAGAGAUCGCAGAUGAAACGGAUCGAUAGCAUUCGAGGGAACAGGCGGACGGAACGUGGGCAUUACGCUGGGGAGAAUGUUGUGGUAAUGACUAAUGAUCAACUUAAGCGAUUCGAGUUGAACUUUCUAUUUUUUUUUUUUUUCUUUCCUCCUCGACUUUCAUGUUUCCCUCUCCAGUCGACAUACGGUAGUU